AUGGCAGAACAAAUGGGCGCGAUGCACAGUGUUCACCUCACCUCGGAAGUAACGCAUUUGAUCGUGGGUGACACAAACAGCGACAAGUACAAGUUUGUUGCAAGAGAACGGAACGAUGUGGUGGCAAUGAAGCCGGAAUGGAUCGAGGCCGUACGACAGUCAUGGACGCAGGGCGAGGACAUUGAUAUACAGGCGCUGGAGAGAGAAUAUCGACUGCCAACUUUGCAUGGACUCAAGAUCUGUACCACGGGCUUCUCAGACCUUUCCUUCCGAUCACACAUGCAGAAGACGACAGAGGAGAAUGGGGCUGAAUAUCGGAAAGACCUGACCAAAACCGUGACACAUCUUAUUGCGCGCAACACGGAGGGCGAGAAGUACAAAUUUGCGUCACAAUGGAAUAUCAAUGUGGUUUCGGUGAAAUGGUUUACCGACAGCAUGGAGCGCGGAAUGAUUCUGGACGAGCAGAAGUAUCACCCGUUGAUACCAGCAGAACAACAAGGCGUUGGAGCGUGGAACCGAUCCUUACCCGCAGCGAGGUUGCCUUCUCAACGGGAAAGCGUCUCUACCAAAGAGAACCCUGGGAACCCACGGCCUCGAAAAUUACGCAGGAUUGCGAGUAUGAAGCUGGUGGAUCAGAAUGAAAGCAUUUGGGGAGACAUCGUCGGAACCGGAUUCGACAAUAGCACGACAAAUGAACUGAAUAAGGACGCCUCAGGACGGAGGCCUGAAGCCCCUAGAUCUGCCAUCCAGGCAUAUAAGUCCUUUGCUAGCGAGACCACAUACUCGGGAAACACCCAGACUCAUGUUCCACCGCCAGCUGUUCCAUCAAAAGACAAUGGAUUCCUACACAUGACCUAUUUCCUCAUUCAUGGGUUCUCCUCCAAGCAGGCUAAGGUUUUACGUGAGCAUCUCACGUUCAAUGGGGCUCAAUUGGUGGAUACACUCAAUGAUUUCUCUAGCCCUGCUAUUCCAAAAACCGGACAUGGGCUUUACAUCAUGGUGCCAUAUCAGACUCCCUGGUCGGAGGUUCCGUCAACCGAAGACAUGGCUUUUGAAUGCGAGGUUGUGACGGAAAUGUGGCUGGAAAGAUGCAUUGAUGCGCGAGCUUUUGUUUCCCCGGAGACUCAUGUAGCAAGCACCCCAUUCCCAAAGUUCCCUAUCCCAGGAUUUUCGGAAAUGCGGAUUUGUUCUACCGGCUUUGGACGCAUCGAUCUCUUACACCUCCGAAAAUUGGUAGAAUUGAUGGGUGCAACAUACGGAGACUAUCUAACCCAGAAAGCUUCCGUUCUGAUUUGCAACGACCCCCAAACGGCGAGCAUUGAAAAGUUGCGGCACACGGCUGAGUGGGGAGUCCCAGCAGUAUCUGCUAGUUGGCUCUGGAUAUCUAUCCAAGCUGGCCAAAAGAAGCCAUUUGAGCCAUACCUGGUCCGACGAAAACUACCACAGCAUGCUAGCAGCUUGGAGACACUUGGAUCUGCAUCUGUCAAGCGAAAACAACCAUACGAGAACAUCGAUGAAAGGCGAGCAGAUGCCCCUGUCAACAAUUCCACGGAGUCUACAAAUAGUAGCCGGCCCGGGAAGCCCGAUGCAACGAAGAACGCUCCGAGUCGAACAAUACCGAUUGUCGGCGAGGGCUUCGAAGACGAUGCACCGAAACCCUCUGUGCCAGAAUCCCGAUCUCCAUCCCCAGCCAGAAACCCAGACAAACAAGACCCCCAGGACCCGAACACUAAACAGCCAACGCCAAGUACCGAGCCAGUACCACCAAUUGCAGCACCAACUGCACCAUCCGCCCUAGACACCGCUCUCAGUGGCCUUCUCCAGAAAGCCCGCGCCGCCAAGUCACGACAGCAAGCCGAGAGCACGACAACCACCGAAGACGGAAACCCACCACGACGAAAGCGCAAACCUCUCCUAGGCCGCGCCCCAUCCCACACAUCAGUGCGUGCACUGGGAGGACCCGUCUCCCGCGCCAGCUCGAUCGACACACUCAACGACGACGGCCUCGGUACAACACUGGAAACCGCUCAACAGACUAGAGACAAUUCCCUCUCACGGACUAACAGCCGGACAGAACAGAGUCUGUCAUCUAUGCUCAGCGGUGGCAAAUUCGAUUUCCUGAAUGAUAAGCUCUCUGCUCAUGUCGAGGAAGAAGAUGAGGAGAAUCAGGUACCGCAGAUGACGCAGUUGGGGUAUGAAGAUCCUGAUGCGGCUGCUAUGAGGGCGGAGUUCCUUAGAGAUGCGGGGAAGUUAUCGGGAAAGACAGUUAAGGCUGAUAGCUCCGGUUUAGUUGUUGGUGAAGUAAGGGAACUGGAGGAUGUUGGAUGGGCUUCUGGACGGAGGACGAGGAACCAGCCUAUUAUUGUGGAUGAUGAUUAA